AUGGGUGUAUCCAAGUCCGACGCGAUCAUUAUCGUGGGUGGAGGCGCCUUCGGCCUCUCUACAGCUCUCCAUCUUUCUCAAAAGGGGUACACGAAUGUUUCUGUCUACGAAAAAGAUGAUCACAUUCCGCCCCGCUUCUCCGCAGCCAACGAUCUCAACAAGAUUGUGCGGGCUGAGUACGAGGAUCCUUUCUACACCGAUCUGACCAUUAAAGCAAUUGCAGCUUGGAAGACUCCUCUUUACGCACCUCACUUCCAUCAGACUGGAUUCUUGCAUUGUGUAUCGGGCGCAGCACCCGAGAAAGCCAUUGACACCCUAAAGAGGUUCCAAGCUUCUGCGGAGCGACAUCCUCAAAUAAAGCCUCAUCUCGUACCGAUCAACGGACAAGAGGAUAUCCGCCAGAACGCUUGGCAGCUUACCGGCCAACUGCCCGGAUGGAAUGGAUACCUCAACCGCUUCGACGGAUACGCCCAUUCCGGUAACGCCUUGGCAGCAGUAUAUCGCGCCGCCCAAGCAGCAGGGGUGCGCUUCUUCCUGGGUGAGCAAGGCGCAGUCGAUGAAAUUGUCUACGUGAGCACCUUGACCGGACGUAAGUGCGCGGGUAUCCGAACAAAGAACGGGCGCUUCCACCCCUCGGCCCUGGCCAUUGUAACGGCUGGCGCAGGAGUCAAUCGUCUUGUUCCUCAGCUCGGAACUCAAGUUGUGGCCAAGUCGUGGUCUGUUGCACAUGUGCAUCUGACUGAUGAAGAGACGUCUGCUCUUCGUGGCAUUCCUGUCACCUAUGCCCGUGAUCUGGGAUUCUUCUUUGAGCCCGAUCCGAAGACGAACUUGCUGAAGCUGUGUCCCAUGGGUGGUGGCUACAUCAACACUGACCCCAAGACUGGUGUCUCUCAUGCACCGGAGACUUUGAAGGAAAGUGCUUUCCUCCCGGAGGAUGACGAGAAACAGUUGAGGAAGCUCCUGGCUCAAACAAUGCCGACUCUCGCGGAUCGUCCCCUUGUGAAGAAGUCUCUCUGUUGGUUUGCUGACACCAAUGACUCGGAUUUCAUUGUUGAUUACCUCCCCAACAUGUCAUCUUCUAUCAUUGUUUUCUCCGGUGACUCAGGACACGGCUUCAAAAUGUUCCCCAUUGUGGGGUCUUUCAUCACCGAUCUUCUUGAGGCCGUUGAUGAUAAGCAGCCUGUUGCGCGCUGGAGAUGGAAGGAUUCUGAUCCUAAUGCCAGUCAUGGUGACUGGGGAGGUGAUGUGAGUUGGCGUUUGGGGCAGUCCAAGGAGCUAUCUGCAAUCAUGCUACCAAAGGCUUCGAAAUUAUAA